GAGUUUUGACCAAAAAAUCAUUUGAAAGACGAAAAGCGUUGCUAGCGGUUCUGAUGAACCGUGGUUAGAAAAUGGAUUCGAGUGCGAGUGUGAAAGAUUUCAUAGCAAAGGAAGUGGCUGAUUGGGACGACGAAUUGGUCACCGUCGCUCGAUUCAAGGCAUUUUCCGGCCAACGAUCCGAUUGGCAACCCAACUUCCUCUUCUGGAGAAAUUUGAUCAUCAAAAUCGCCACCCAUUUUCGCUUCCUCACAGUUCAACCUUCCCAGGUUAAGAAUGAGUGGUUCAAUCGAGGAGGGUUAACCCCUUUGUGUCUUGACCAUGUCCUGUUUCUGAUGUAUAAUGAAGGUGACAUCAUGAGAACUCUGGACCUUGUGGAUCCAAGGAGUGGAAGAGUCUCCCAACUGUUCAGAAAAGUGAGCAGUUUGAUAACUAGAUCGGCGACGCCGCCGGAUAUCGUGGCUGAAGAAUUUGUGGUUGUAACUGCUGUGCUUAAGGAUAAGGCUGCUGAAGUUGUUAAACAUCUAUCUGAAAAUCACUGGAAUUCAUCUUGUAUCAUCACGAUGAAGAAAUUUCAGGAUGUAUGUGGAGGGCCGGAUGAAGCAUCUGUAAUCUUGAGGUAUCUGUCUGGGUGCAGAACAGCGCAGUAUCUGUCAGUCCAUAAGAAAGAAUUUGUAGAGGGGGUAAAAAUUUCUCUCUCAACAGCAGUGUUAUCCAGUAUAUCUAAUUUAGAUUAUGAUGUACUGUACUUGAUUUGGACGACUGAGAAGCUUCAGCAACAACUAGAUGUGAUUGACAGGCGUUAUGAAUUGUCAAGAAAAUCAGCAUUGGCUUCUCUACAUUCUGGUAACAAAAAAGUGGCCCUUAGGUAUGUAAGGGAGCUAAAGUUGAUCACCCAGAGCAGAGAAAAAUGUUUAUCAUUUUUGAACCGAGUAGAGGAGGUACUCAGCAUUAUUAGUGAUGCUGAGUCAACAAAAAAGGUUUCAGAAGCUAUGCAGAUUGGAGCGCGAGCAAUUAAAGAAAAUAAGAUCAGUGUAGAAGAUGUUGAUCUUUGUUUAAGAGAUCUCGAAGAGAGUAUUGAUUCCCAGAAGGAAGUUGAAAAGGCACUAGAGCAAACUCCUUCACACGCAUAUGUUGAUGAAGAAGAUAUUGAAGAGGAAUUCAAGAAGCUGGAGCAGGCUUUUGGGGAAGAGGUUCAAGUUCCUGCACCAGAGAAGACGAUUGCCAAUGCAGAAGGAAGCGACACUUCAGGAGCUGCUGAAUUUAUCAGUGAUGCUUUCUCAAAUCUCAAGCUUUCAGAUGGUCCAGCUGAGAGGCCAAGGAUCACUCAGGUGUCAGGGUCCAAAAAAACAGCAAAUUUAGAAAUGUAAAAUGUUUAAUCUGAGCGAAAAUUAUGGUUGUUGUGCUUCAUUCUGGCAAAAUGAACCAUGGUUUGAUUAUUAGUUAGUAUACAUGUAAUGAACAUGCUUCUGUAUUUAAGAAGGUGUACAGUUAAUGUUGCAGAUAAAUAUCCAAACUCUUAAUUUAUCA